UCUCUAUCUCUCCCUGUCUCUCUAUCUCUCCCUGUCUCUCUCUCUCUAUCUCUGACUGUCUCUCGCGCUCUCUCUACACAAGGCCGCAGCUCUAGACAUGCAAUAAGGAAUGUAGAAGGUUCACUUGGGGCCCCUGGGGCUCAGGGAAUACAUCUGAAUACAGAGACAGACAGGCCGAGAGUGUAACGAGAGCCUAUUGGCUAUAAAUGAGAGAGACUCCCCGCAUACCUACGUCCUUAUAUGGACAAAUCUACCUGAGAAUAAAGACAGUAACCAUAGCAACCUGCCAAUUAGAUUUGUUUGUUCAUUUGUUUCUAUUGUGAGACUGUUCCAGGGGACAUGGGAGUGGGGGCCACAGGGGACCGGGGCGAUACUAUUGGCCAACUGCGACCGAGACCGACCCGUCCCUAAUGGAACAGACAGUGCGGAUAUGGGGGCGCCCAACGCUGCAGAUAUUAAAGAUCUGUCUCCAAUGGUUCUAUCAGCCGAGGGCCCCGAGGAGAUCUUUGAGGGCCACAAUCUGAUCCUGUCAAUUUCCCCAACCCAUGCAACCAAACUGCGGGUCUAUUGCAAGCGAAAGUCCGAUUACCUUCUUGUCUUGGGAGGAACCAACCUGUCCCAUGAAGUAGAGAAAGGGAACAGUCAGGAGAUGGGAUUCUAUGUCGAAGGCCUGGACUUCCCUGACGCCGACUUCUCUGGACUCGUCCACAUAAACCUGUCCUUCUGCAGAUCUUCUGACUCAACUGAAAUAUUUGCUGACAGAGUGGCAUUUAGGGUGGCACCGUGGAUUAUGACUCCCAACACCCAGAAGCCCCUGGAGGUCUACGUUUGCAGUGUGCAGGGCAAUAAGAAAUUCCUAAAGGAGCUGAAGGAUUUGGUGCAAAAGGCCAAGUGCAAGCUGAAUAUCUGCCCCGACGUGGAGAAUAGGGGAGACCGAUGGAUUCAGGAUGAGAUGGAGUUCGGAUACACAGAGGCUCCGCACAGGCGCUUCCCGGUGGUUCUGGACUCCCCGCGGGACGGGGAACUGGAUUUCCUCCCUUUCAAAAAGAUUCUGGGCCCGGAUUUCGGGUACGUGAAAAUUCAAGUGGAGCAAAGGGACAGCGUCAGUGACUUGGACUCCUUUGGGAACCUGGAAGUGAGCCCCCCAGUGGCGGUGAAAGGAAAGAAUUACCCUCUGGGAAGGAUCCUGAUUGGAAGCCAUUUGCCCCAAGACAUUGAACCCCCCAACCCGCAGCCAAUCAAACCUCGCAGGAUGAAUAAGGCGGUGCGGGACUUCCUCUCUGCUCAGCUGGUACAGUCUCCCGUGGAGCUCUACUCCGAUUGGUUGAUGGUGGGACACAUAGAUGAAUUCAUGUCUUUUGUACCCGUCCCCAACAAAAAGGGGUUCCGGCUGCUGCUGGCGAGUCCCAGGAUGUGCCUGGAGCUGUUCAGGGAGAAGCAGAAUGAAGGAUACGGAGGAGCCAUCAUGUUUGAAGGGUUAAGUACAGAGCCGCACACCAUCGAGAAGCUUCUCUCAAAUGAAAAGUUACUAAGGGAUUCCACCUACACCCAGGGCUGCAUUGACCGAAACAGACAGAUCCUGAAGGAGGAGCUGGGACUCUCGGAGGGAGACAUCACAGACAUCCCCGCGCUCUUUACUCUCCUUCCCUAUUACAAUAAAGCGGAAGCCUUUUACCCCAACAUGGUGAACAUGUUGGUUCUGGGGCAAUAUCUGGCCAUUCCCAAGCCAUUCGGACCCCUCAUAGAUGGGAGGUGCUGCUUGGAGCAGAAAGUGUGUUCUUUGCUGGAGCCUCAGGGGUUAAUCUGCACCUUCCUCGAUGACUUUGCCACCUACCACCAGAACGCAGGGAACGUGCACUGUGGCACCAACGUGAUCCGGAAGCCUUUCCCUCAGAAAUGGUGGCACUGCCUUCCUUAGGCGCGACUUAUUGCCCCUCUCUGGGGCAGUUGGGCCAUACAGGCAUCGCCAUGGGGGGGCACUGCUCAUAUUCACUAAUUAAAGAGACACAAACAGUGUCGGAAUCUUGUACUGAACCUUUUGGCCAAUUGGGCAAGGAAUAAGUAGCUCCAGCUGCACCACUCUUCAACCUGCAGCCCUCUGAUUGGUGCCCAGCUACUCCCAGCACCCUCUACUGCUCAUACUGUACCACUUGGCCCGGGUACUUUGGGCACUUACCCAUACACCUACUGAUGCUCCUACUGUUUGUAUUACAAUUUCACUCUGAUCAUGUGACCAUGCAUGGCCUGGGCUACGGCCAAUAGGGGGUCUGCUUUAUUUCUAUAUAAAAAUAGCUUUGAGACCCCUUUCUAUGGGAGGGGCCCAUCUCCUGGUUGUCUGUGGCCCCAUGUGAAAGUCCAAGCAGUCCGGCCAAAAGUCAAGAUUAUAGCCCUCCACAAGUCUGGUUUCCCCUUAGGAAUAAUUUCCAAAAAGUCAAAGGGCCAAUGGGCAUCUGGCGAAGGACAUGGAGAUGUUGGGCACCAUUGGUGAAAGAGGUGGAGACACUGCGCACCAUUGGUGAAGGACAUGGAGACACUGGGCACCAUUGGUGAAGGAGAUGGAGACACUGGGCACCAUUGGUGAAGGAGAUGGAGACACUGGGCACCAUUGGUGAAGGAGAUGGAGGCACUGGGCACCAUUGGUGAAGGAGAUGGAGACACUGGGCACCAUUGGUGAAGGAGAUGGAGACACUGGGCACCAUUGGUGAAGGACAUGGAGACAUUGAGCACCAUUGGUGAAGGACAUGGAGACACUGGGCAACAUUGGUGAAGGACAUGGAGACACUGGGCACCAUUGGUGAAGGAGAUGGAGGCACUGGGCACCAUUGGUGAAGGACAUGGAGACACUGGGCAACAUUGGUGAAGGACAUGGAGACACUGGGCACCAUUGGUGAAGGAGAUGGAGGCACUGGGCACCAUUGGGGAAGGACAUGGAGACACUGGGCACCAUUGGUGAAGGAGAUGGAGGGACUGGGCACCAUUGGUGAAGGAGAUGGAGACACUGGGCACCAUUGGUGAAGGAGAUGGAGGGACUGGGCACCAUUGGUGAAGGAGAUGGAGGGACUGGGCACCAUUGGUGAAGGAGAUGGAGGGACUGGGCACCAUUGGUGAAGGAGAUGGAGGGACUGGGCACCAUUGGUGAAGGAGAUGGAGACACUGGGCACCAUUGGUGAAGGAGAUGGAGGGACUGGGCACCAUUGGUGAAGGAGAUGGAGGGACUGGGCACCAUUGGUGAAGGAGAUGGAGGGACUGGGCACCAUUGGUGAAGGAGAUGGAGGGACUGGGCACCAUUGGUGAAGGAGAUGGAGGGACUGGGCACCAUUGGUGAAGGAGAUGGAGGGACUGGGCACCAUUGGUGAAGGAGAUGGAGGGACUGGGCACCAUUGGCCAGACAAACUUGCAGAUGAUCCCCAGGACACAGACCAACUGUGAGACGUGGGGGUGUUUGUACCCAGAUAACAAGAUAUUACAGGUCACACCUGCCCCCUCCCCCACAGCGAGACUCGGCAUUGGCUUCUGCUCAUAGGCUGCCGAGUUGCCCCCAUAGUCCAGUUAAAAACGGCCAAGGGAAAGGCAGUGGCAGUUACAGUGAGUGCAGGUACAUCCCUUCCACCUUAUUAGCAGGGAUUCCUACUUACUGUAUAUAGUGCAGCUGUGUGUGCUGCCUACUCCCAGGCAUUGUAGGGAGUUGUAGUUCAGUGGUAUCCCUGCUGCUUUUAUGAAUUAAAAUAGAGUGCAGCCAA